AUGGAGCCCACAUCUGUCCAAGAGGAUAGCCUGAAGAAGAAACAGCAGAAGGAAAAGGCUAAGAAAACUGCUCUGGAACUUCCUCCUAGGCCACCCCGCUCUUUGCUGUGCCUCACCCUCAAGAACCCAGUGCGGAAGGCUUGCAUUGCCAUUGUGGAAUGGAAGCCCUUUGAAAUCAUCAUCCUAUUAACUAUCUUUGCCAACUGUAUUGCACUGGCUAUCUAUCUGCCCAUGCCUGAAGAUGAUACCAACAAAAUGAAUUCCAGACUCGAGAAGCUCGAAUACUUCUUCCUGAUAGUAUUUGCCAUAGAGGCAAUGCUAAAGAUAAUUGCCUAUGGGUUUCUAUUCCAUGCAGAUGCUUACCUCCGAACUGGCUGGAAUGUCCUGGAUUUUACGAUAGUCUUUUUGGGGGUCUUCACAGUGAUCUUGGAGAAAAUCAGUUUGAUGGAGAAUGCGCUCCUUAGCGGGCAAGGUGGCUUUGAUGUCAAAGCUCUAAGGGCAUUUCGAGUCCUGCGGCCAUUACGUCUGGUGUCAGGGAUACCAAGUCUGCAAGUAGUACUGAACUCCAUUAUCAAGGCCAUGUUGCCACUAUUCCAUAUUACUGUGCUUGUCGUUUUCAUGCUGAUUAUCUAUGCCAUAAUGGGCCAGGAUCUCUUCAAGGGCAAAAUGCACAAGACCUGCUAUUACAAUGGGACAGAUAUCUUGGCCACCGUGGAACAUGUAAAGCCAGCUCCAUGUUCUACCUCAGGCCAUGGACGCCCCUGCAUUAUUCCUGGAUCUGUGUGCAGGGGACCAUGGGCAGGUCCCAACCAUGGCAUCACUCACUUUGAUAACUUUGGGUUUUCUAUGCUGACUGUCUUCCAAUGUAUCUCCAUGGAAGGGUGGACUGAAGUUCUUUACUGGGUGAAUGAUGCCAUUGGGAAUGCAUGGCCUUGGAUCUACUUUGUCAGCCUCAUCUUACUUGGGUCCUUUUUCAUACUUAACCUCAUUCUGGGCGUGCUCAGUGGGGAGUUCACCAAAGAGCGUGAGAAAGCUAAAUCAAGAGGUACCUUCCAGAAACUGAGGGAGAAGCAGCAAUUGGAAGAGGAUAUGAAAGGCUACAUGGACUGGAUCGUUCAUGCAGAAGUCAUGGACAGUGACCGGACACACGGUGAAGGAAUGAGGUCAUCAGAUGAAGGUGGGUCAGAGACAGACAGCCUAUAUGAGAUUGAAGGCAUGAAUAAAUGGAUCCUCUUCUUUCGGCACUGGCGACGAUGGAACCGUCUUUUUCGCAGAAAAUGCCGUGAAAUUGUUAAGUCAAAUUUUUUCUAUUGGGCAGUGAUCUUGAUUGUCGGUUUGAAUACUAUCUCCAUAGCUACCGAGCAUCAUCAUCAACCUGAUUGGCUGACUCAUGCUCAAGAUGUGGCUAACCGAGUACUUCUGGCCCUCUUUGCGGUGGAGAUGAUUCUGAAGAUGUAUGCCCUGGGCCUCCGUCAGUACUUCAUGUCUAUCUUCAACCGCUUUGAUUGCCUUGUGGUGUGCACUGGGAUCUUGGAGCUCAUCCUGAUAGAGAUCACUUCCAUGAGCCCCCUGGGCAUCUCUGUCUUGCGAUGCAUUCGACUGCUGAGACUCUUGAAGAUAACUAAGUAUUGGACCUCGCUGAACAACCUAGUGGCUUCUCUGUUGAAUUCUGUGCGCUCCAUUGCCUCUCUCCUCACCCUCCUCUUCCUUUUCAUGGUCAUCUUUGCCCUCUUAGGGAUGCAGCUUUUUGGAGGGCGAUUUGAUUUUGAUGAUACGGAAAUACGACGCAGCACCUUUGAUAACUUCCCCCAGGCUCUCAUCAGUGUCUUCCAGGUCCUGACUGCAGAAGACUGGACCUCUAUCAUGUACAAUGGGAUUAUGUCUUAUGGAGGGCCUGUCUAUCCUGGUGUGCUGGUCUGCAUUUAUUUUAUUGUUCUCUUUGUAUGUGGGAAUUAUAUCUUGCUCAAUGUCUUUCUGGCUAUUGCUGUGGACAACCUGGCUGAGGCAGAAACGUUAACAUCUGCUCAGAAAGCCAAAGCUGAAGAGAAGAUGUGGAAGAAAAUGAACAGAGGUUAUCCUGAGAAAUCUGAAGAAGAAAAGCUAUUGUUGGCCAAGAAGCUGGAACAGAAAGCAAAGGGAGAAGGAAUUCCCACCACAGCUAAGUUAAAAGUGGAUGAGUUUGAAUCAAAUGUCAAUGAAAUCAAGGACCCAUACCCUUCUGCAGACUUCCCAGGUGAUGAUGAGGAAGAUGAACCUGAAAUCCCCCUGAGUCCUAGGCCACGUCCCCUAGCUGAGCUGCAGUUAAAGGAAAAAGCAGUGCCCAUGCCUGAAGCAAGUUCAUUCUUCAUCUUUAGCCCAACGAACAAGAUCCGGGUGUUGUGCCAUAGAAUUGUCAAUGCCACCUGGUUCACCAACUUUAUCCUCCUCUUCAUCCUGCUCAGCAGCAUCUCAUUGGCAGCAGAAGAUCCAAUUCGAGCAGACUCAUUCAGGAAUCAGAUUCUAUCAUAUUUUGAUAUUGGCUUCACCUCUGUAUUUACGGUGGAAAUUAUUCUAAAGAUGACUACUUAUGGUGCAUUUCUUCACAAAGGAUCUUUCUGUCGUAAUUCUUUCAACAUUCUAGAUUUGCUUGUAGUUGUUGUGUCACUCAUCUCUAUGAGACUUGAGUCCAGUACCAUCUCAGUGGUGAAAAUCUUGAGGGUGCUCAGAGUGCUGAGACCAUUGAGAGCUAUUAACAGAGCAAAGGGACUGAAGCAUGUGGUCCAGUGUGUUUUUGUGGCUAUUAAGACCAUCGGCAACAUUGUUCUUGUCACCUUCUUGCUACAGUUCAUGUUUGCUUGCAUUGCAGUGCAGCUUUUCAAGGGGAAGUUCUACAGCUGUACAGAUCCAACUAAGAUAACCGAAGCAGAAUGCAGGGGACACUUCAUUGAAUAUGUUGAUGCUGAUCCAACACAGGUUGUGGAAAAAGCAAGGUGGUGGCUGCACAAUGAUUUCCAUUUUGACAAUGUCUUGUCAGCUAUGAUGUCUCUCUUCACUGUAUCCACCUUUGAAGGAUGGCCUAAAUUAUUGUAUAAAGCAAUUGAUACACACACUGAAGACAUGGGCCCUAUAUACAACUAUCGUAUGGGCAUUGCUAUCUUCUUCAUAAUCUAUCUCAUUCUCAUUGCCUUUUUUAUGAUGAACAUCUUUGUAGGUUUCAUCAUUGUAACUUUCCAAGAGCAGGGUGAAACUGAGUACAAAGACUGUGAGCUGAACAAAAACCAGCGCCAAUGUGUCCAGUAUGCCCUCAAAGCACGGCCUCUGCGAUGCUACAUUCCCAAGAACCCUUAUCAAUACCAGAUCUGGUAUUUGGUGACCUCCUCCUACUUUGAGUACCUCAUGUUUUUCCUGAUCACACUGAACACCAUCUGCUUGGGCAUGCAGCAUUAUAAGCAAUCAGAGAUGAUGAACCAGCUCUCAGAUGUCCUCAACGUGGUUUUCACCCUCCUCUUUACUAUUGAGAUGAUUCUUAAACUGAUAGCUUUCAAAGCAAAGGGAUACUUUGGGGACCCCUGGAAUGUCUUUGAUUUUCUCAUAGUUGUCGGCAGCAUCAUUGAUGUCAUCCUGAGUCAGAUUGAUACCAAGCCACUGGCAGUCCAAGGAGCCUACAACAAUGGAGACACAUCACAGGUUCCUGCCAUAGAUCCUGAUGACAGCGGUCGUAUCUCCAUCACUUUUUUCCGGCUUUUCAGGAUCCUAAGGCUGGUAAAAUUACUGAGCCGAGCAGAAGGCAUUAGAAAUUUACUCUGGACAUUUCUCAAAUCCUUCCAGGCACUACCUCAUGUGGCCUUGCUGAUUGUAAUGUUGUUCUUCAUCUAUGCUGUGAUUGGGAUGCAGAUGUUUGGGAAAAUUGCACUGGUAGAUGGAACUCAAAUAAACCGGAACAACCACUUUCAGACUUUCCCACAAGCAGUGUUGAUGCUGUUCAGGUGUGCCACAGGUGAGGCCUGGCAGGAGGUCCUAUUAGGUGCCAGCUAUGGCAAGUUAUGUGACCCUGAGUCUGAUUAUGCUCCUGGAGAAGAAUACACCUGUGGCUCAGGCUUUGCUUAUUUCUACUUUGUAAGCUUUUACAUGAUCUGUGCAUUCCUGAUUAUCAAUCUCUUUGUUGCUGUCAUCAUGGAUAAUUUUGACUACCUCACACGGGAUUGGUCCAUCUUAGGUCCCCACCACCUGGAUGAAUUCAAAAAAAUCUGGGCAGAAUAUGAUCCUGAAGCCACGGGCCGAAUUAAGCAUCUAGAUGUGGUGACUCUGUUGAGACGAAUCCAGCCUCCCCUGGGAUUUGGGAAAUUUUGUCCGCACCGUGUGGCUUGCAAGCGCCUAGUGGGCAUGAAUAUGCCGCUGAACAGUGAUGGCACAGUUACUUUCAAUGCCACACUCUUUGCUCUGGUGAGAACUGCUCUCAAGAUCAAGACAGAAGGCAACUUUGAGAAAGCCAAUGAAGAACUGAGGAUGAUUAUUAAAAAAAUCUGGAAGAGAACCAGCAUGAAGCUUUUAGAUCAAGUCAUUCCACCAAUUGGAGAUGAUGAAGUUACUGUGGGAAAGUUUUAUGCCACUUUCCUCAUCCAGGAGCACUUCAGAAAAUUUAUUAAGCACCAGGAAGAAUAUUAUGGAUAUCGACCUAAGAAAAAUGCUGUUGAAAUCCAGGCUGGCUUAAGGACCAUUGAAGAGGAAGCUGCUCCUGAGAUCAAAAGAGCAAUCUCUGGGGAUCUGACUGCAGAGGAGGAACUUGAAAGAGCCAUGAUAGAGGCAGCGAUGGAGGAAGGCAUCUACAGGAGAACAGGGGGCUUGUUUGGCCAAGUUGAGAACUUCAUCGAGCCCAGCAGCCCCCUUCCACCACACAUGGCAAACCAAAGACCUCUGCAGUUCACCGAGAUGGGUAGUGAAGAAUUAGAUUCCCCAGUAUUCAUUGAGGACUUUCCACCUGCAAAAGGCACCAAUGUGAACAACAGCAACAGUAAUGCUAACAACAAUGCAACAAUACGGAUGACAUAUGAGAAUGAAUUGAAUGACCAGAAGAUGUUACCGCCAUCUCCUCAUUCAUCUCACCUCAUCAAACAAUGUUCUAUUCAAAAUGAAAAGCAACAAGACAAAAUGAGCAAAUUAUCAGCAAACAAUGUCAGGUGCUCUUCAAAGCGACAAUUUUCUACUCAACAGAACAUUGUCACUCAAGAUGCAGAUCAUGGUGAAGUUUUAUCAUCUACACGCAACAGUGGAGAAAGCACUUCAAGGAACCCAGAAGCCCCAACUCCAGCCACUCUUCAAUUCAUUCAAGAGGCACUGGCCUCUGAGGGACUUUGUUUCCUAGCUAAAGAUGAUUCUUUUCUGAAGCUGACAAGAAAUGAGAUGGUUGCAGCCUUCCAAGCAGAACUGACAGAUGUGGAAGACACAGCUGCCAUGCUGUUGGAGAGACAGAAAAGCUCAGCUUCAUCUCUAUAA